CCGGGAUAUGUAAUACUUGAACCACUUAAAUUUAAGGGUUACUCCUCGGGUUACUCUCGGGUCCCACAAGUUAAACAUACCGAAUUAAUCUCAGGAUCACGAGUUUGUAACUAGAAACCUAGCCAUUAGUAAAUUAUUUAUGUUUAUCAAAAAAUUUUUCAUAGAAAUAAUAAAAAACUAAUAAAAGUACAAGCAGAUGACAAUAACAUUAUUUAAACAAAAGAGAUGAAAUAUAAUGAAAUAACGUUUAAGUAUCUGCGCAACAUAGAUUAAAAAAUUCAAUUUCAUUCGCGAACAUAUGAACAUAACAGGAUUUUUUUGCGCCAAAAACAAAUAUUAUUAUGUGAUCACGAUCAACUUAAGAAAAAUGGUUUUUUUUAAUAGUUUUAUUAAAUAUGGUAAAGAUCGACAUCACCCGAUUGUUUUCGCAUUUCGCACGGCCGAUAUUUUAAUUAAACUUUUUGGUUCGGUGAUUCGGUUAUUAAACUUGUUUCAUAAGAUUUUUGGCUUUUAUGAUUAUUCUUGUUCAAGAACAAUAAUAUACCACUAUAUUUUGACUGAUGUAGGUAUACCAUUGUUUCUCAACGAAGAAAAAGUGUACAAUCGUACAAUCAUAUUUACGAUUAACCAUAUCAGAUAUACUUGAAACAAUUACUGUAAGCACCUGGAUCGCAUCAUUAUGAUCAUGCAGUAAUUGCAGCAUGGUGUAUUGGUGUGCUUAUUUUUCGUUUCAUCUCGUGCAAAUAAGGACAUUUUUCAAUUGAAUUUGGAAUUUUUAUAACUAAAAUUAUUUCUAAAAUUUUUGAUUUUUAUUUUUUUUAUUUGUUAUACCGAUUAUCUUCUUAUCGUCAUUGCAUUGAGAUAAGCCUAUAAUAUUCCUAUAAUAGAUCAAAUAUCAAUAAUAAUCUAAAAGAAUUGUUCACACAAUUUAUUAUUCACAUGUUUAUGCUGAUGGAUCAAAUUAUUCAAUGGUGCUAAACUG